UGAAGACCCUGGACUCAACUCUAUCCUCAUCUCCUUUCCCCUUCGCCACCCCUUCACCAGCACCAGCGGCACUGCUGUGACCACACUAAGACUUGGCCUGAGAUGGAGGGAGAGUGGAGAAACCUGCUACACCAAUAUGGCUGACCAAGGCCCUGGAAGGAGGAAGUGGGUAAGUGCGUUAUCCAAAAGGAUAUAGCAGCUUCAGGUCUUAUCAGGGGACAGCACCCCUUCCUCCACCUCUGACCAAGUCAUAGUGGGCCACAGCAAUGCAGACCACUGUGAGAUGGAGAGCAAGAGCUAUAAAACAACUAGAGUGGACGUGUACACACCAUUAUAGUUCAUGGUUAUGCUAUCCCAAGCAGAAAGGAAUGGUGGCUUAGACUAGCCUGGUGUUAGUGGAAAUGUGAAGAUUCAAGAGACAUAGUUGAAAGGCAGAAUCAACAAGACUUGGAGAUAAACUACUCUCAGGAAAAGGGAGGAGUCAUGGCUUUCAGCUAUUAGCAUCCACCCCGCAGGGUGCCCUCACCCUCUUCCUGGCAAUCCAAGAUACCAUAUGGUUCCAAGGCCUGUAGCCCUUUCCUCUGCCUACUGCUCAGCAAGUGAGUUCCAGUCUGAUAAGAAAAGCCUUCCUGUGGUGGAGACUGAAAGGAAGAGGAGGGAGCUAGCCCAUUCCUGCCCAGGAGAUUGUGGGAGAAGGAAGAUGGCCAGAGCUGUAUGUCCACUUCAUGCCCUCUGGCUUCUGGAGUGGGUGCAGCUGUUCUUGGGACCUGGUGCCAUCCCUCUAGCCUGGGCCUUGAACUUGGACCCAGUGCAACUCACCUUCUACACAGGCCCCAAUGGCAGCCACUUUGGGUUUUCACUGGACUUCUACAAGGACAACCAUGGGAGAGUGGCCUUCGUGGUAGGCGCCCCGCGGACCCUGGGCCGCAGCCAGGAGGAGACGGGCGGCGUAUUCCUGUGCCCCUGGAGGGCCGAGGGUGGCCAGUGCACGUCGCUGCCUUUUGACCUCAAUGACGAGACCCGACACAUAGGCUCCCACACCCUCCAAACCUUCAAGUCCCGGCAAGGACUGGGGGCGUCGGUCGUCAGCUGGAACGACAACAUUGUGGCCUGCGCCCCCUGGCAGCACUGGAACGCCCUAGAAAAGACGGAGGAGGCCGAGAAGACGCCCGUAGGUGGCUGCUUUGUGGCUCAGCUCCGGAACGGCCACCGCGCGGAGUACUCGCCGUGUCGGGCUAACACCAUGAGCUCGGUUUAUGUGAACAAUCCGUUUAACCGAGACAAGCGCUAUUGCGAAGCUGGCUUCAGCUCUGCGGUCACUCAGGCUGGAGAGCUGGUGCUUGGGGCCCCCGGCGGCUAUUUUUUCUUAGGUCUCCUGGUGCGGGCGUCUAUUGACAAUAUCAUCUCGAGUUACCGCCCGGGCACCCUGUUGUGGCACGUGCCCUCCCAGAGCUUCACCUACGACUACAGCAAGCCAGAGUACUACGACGGCUACCGGGGGUACUCGGUGGCUGUGGGCGAGUUCGAUGGGAAUCUCAACACUACAGAGUAUGUCCUUGGUGCCCCGACCUGGAGCCGUACCCUAGGAGCGGUGGAAAUUUUGAACGAGCACUACCAGACGCUGCACAGGCUGCACGGAGAGCAGAUGGCUUCGUAUUUUGGACACUCGAUAGCUGUCACUGAUGUCAACGGAGACGGGAGGCACGACUUGCUGGUGGGCGCGCCACUGUUCAUGGAGAGCCGCGCGGACCGCAAGCUGGCCGAGGUGGGGCGCGUGUACUUGUUCCUGCAGCCUCGAGGUCACCAGGCGCUGGGCGCCCCCAGCCUCCUGCUGACUGGCACACAGCUCUAUGGGCGAUUCGGCUCGGCCAUCGCAUCUCUGGGCGACCUCGACCGGGACGGCUACAACGAUGUUGCAGUGGCUGCCCCCUACGGAGGUCCCAGUAGUCUGGGCCAAGUGCUGGUGUACCUAGGUCAGAGUGAGGGGCUCAGCUCACGCCCCUCCCAGAUCCUGGACAGCCCCUUCCCAGCAGGCUCUGGCUUCGGCUUCUCCCUGCGAGGUGCCACAGACAUCGAUGACAACGGAUACCCAGACCUACUGGUAGGAGCUUAUGGGGCCAGCAAGGUGGCUGUGUACAGAGCUCAGCCAGUGGUGGUGGCCAAUGUCCAGCUGCUGGUACAAGAUUCACUGAAUCCUGCUGUGAAGAACUGUAUCCUGCCUCAGACCAAGACACCAGUGAGCUGCUUUAACAUACAGAUGUGUGUGGGAGCCACUGGGCACAACAUUCCUCAGCAGCUGCCCCUAAAUGCCGAGCUGCAGCUGGACCGGCAAAAGCCCCGCCAGGGCCGGAGGGUGUUACUGCUAAAUUCUCAGCUGGCGAGCAGCACCCUGCAUCUGGACCUGGGCGGGAGGCACAGCCCCAUCUGCCACACCACCACCGCCUUCCUCCGAGAUGAGGCCGACUUCCGGGACAAGCUGAGCCCCAUUGUACUUAGCUUGAAUGUGUCGCUACAGCCCAGGAAGGAUGGAGUAGCCCCUGCCAUCGUGCUGCAUGGAGACACCCAUGUCCAGGAGCAGACUCGCAUCAUCCUAGACUGUGGGGAAGAUGACCUGUGUGUGCCCCAGCUCCAGCUCACCGCCAUCGUGAUGGGCUCCCCACUCCUCAUUGGAGCCGAUAAUGUACUGGAGCUGCAGAUGGAUGCGGCCAAUGAGGGCGAGGGGGCCUACGAAGCAGAGCUAGCUGUGCACCUGCCCCCAGGUGCCCACUACAUGCGGGCCGUCAGCAACAUUGAGGGCUUUGAGAGACUCAUCUGUAACCAGAAGAAGGAGAAUGAGACCAAGAUAGUGCUGUGUGAGCUGGGUAACCCCAUGAAGAGGAACGCCCGGAUAAGAAUCACCAUGUUGGUGAGUGUGGAGAACCUGGAAGAGGCUGGGGAACAUGUGUCCUUCUGGCUGCAAAUCAGAAGCAAAAACAGCCAGAAUCCGAACAGUGAGGCUGUGCUGCUGGAUGUGCCAGUGCGGGCAGAGGCCCAUGUGGAGCUAAGAGGGAACUCCUUUCCAGCCUCCCUGGUGGUGGUGGCAGAAGAAGACAGCAGGGAGAACAGCUCGGAGAGCUGGGGCCCCAAAGUGGAGCACACCUACGAGCUUCACAACAAUGGCCCUGGUACUGUAAGUGGCCUCCACCUCCACCUCUGCUUUCCUGGGGAGUCCCAGCCUUCUGAUCUGCUCUACAUCCUGGACAUACAACCUGAGGGGGGACUUCAGUGUUUCCCCCAGCCCUCUAUUAACCCAUUCAAGCUGGACUGGAGGCAGCCUACCCCCAGCCCUUCCCCCACUUCCCCGGGGUAUCACAAGCGGGAGCGCAGGCAGGCUUCCCUGCCAGGGUCCAGCCAGCCCUCUGGGCUUCAGGAUCCAGUUCUCCUGAGCUGCGAGUCGGGGCCGCAUACAGUGGUGCAGUGUGAGCUGCAGGAGAUGGCGCGAGGGCAGCGAGCCAUGGUCAAGGUGCUAGCUUUCCUGCAGCUGCCCAGCCUCCAGCAGAGGCCACUGGAUCAGUUCGUGCUGCAAUCGCAAGCUUGGUUCAAUGUCUCCUCCCUUCCCUACGCUGUGCCCUCCCUCAGCCUGCCCAGUGGGGAAGCUCUGGUGCAGACACACCUGCUUCGUGCCUUGGAGGAGCGGGACAUUCCCAUCUGGUGGGUGCUGGUAGGCGUACUCGGAGGCCUGCUGUUGCUCAUGCUCCUGGUCCUGGCCAUGUGGAAGGGCGGCUUCUUCAAGCGCAACCGGCCACCGCUAGAAGAAGAGGAGGAGGAGUGAUGGAGCAGUCCACGCUCUGUCCUAGGAGGAAGGCUGGGGACCUGCCUGCUCUGCCCUUUCUUCAGUGUGCGCCCCCCAGCUCUGCUCACCCACGGGUUGGAGCUGUGCCAUGGAGGCCUCCUGAUACCCCCCUCUACCUCACCCCCCAGAGCUGGCCACUCCUUUCCUUGCUGCCAAAUAAAGAGGCUGAGUCCCAACCCCUGCAUCUCUGGGACCCCCAGCAUGCUGUCUCCUCUUGGGUCAGGGAAGAGAAAGGGACCAGGGACAGGUGAUGUUCAGAGUGAGGGUCUGGGGCUGCUGGAAGUGUGGGCAGUGGGUGUCUCUGCCAGGCAACGGUUGCAAAUGACUGUCUUUGGAGAG